AUGAAGGUUUUCCAAAUCAUCAUUGCAAUUCUCAUUGGAUUGUCGUCUACGCUCUUAUACCAAUACCGCGAAAGCUUCUCCGAUUUUGUGAAUCUUGCGAAAUCUUCAGUGCCAAACCACUACAGCGACCUCUUCAGCAAACCCCCUGCUACUACCGCAUUGAACGAGACAGCAGCUGCUUCUGAAGCAAUCCCAGAAAACCACUUCCCCACACCAGAGCAACACCUCACAGUCACCGAAAUGUCCACCCGUCGAGCCGUCGCCAAGAUCGUUCAUGCCAUUGAACAGGCCGAAGGCGCUGGCGCUCGCGUCCGACGAUCCAUCGGCACACAACAGCAGCGCAAUUUCAGCCCGUUCCUGAUGCUUGAUCACUUUGCCUCUGCAAACGCUGGCUUUCCCGACCACCCCCACCGCGGCCAAGAAACAAUCACAUACCUCCUCGAAGGCGUCGUCGACCACGAAGACUUCGCCGGCAACUCCGGCACCCUCUACCCAGGCGACCUCCAGUUCAUGACCGCCGGCCGCGGCAUCGUCCACGCCGAGAUGCCCCGCAAGCAAACCGACGGCGGCCAAACCGUCGGCCUCCAGCUAUGGGUCGACCUGCCCAAGAAGCUCAAGUACUGCGAGCCGCGCUACCGCGAUCUGCGCGCCGCCGAGAUUCCCAAGGCCGAGGUCGACGAAGGGCGCGUCACUGUUAAAGUCAUCUCGGGCCAGAGUCACGGCGUCGACUCCGUCAAGGAGCUGGCUUAUACGCCCGUGUGGUUGCUUGACUUCCAGCUACGGCCCGGCGCAACAGUCACCCAGGCUCUUCCUCGGGGGUGGAACGCCUUUGCCUACGUUCUUGACGGAGACGUCACUGUUGGUGAGGGAGCAGAGGCCAAAAAGGCCGAGCAGUAUGACAACGUCUUCUUCAAGCAGGAGGGUGAUGUAAUUCAACUUUCAACCGAGGCCAGCGCCACAAAGGACGCUCGAGUCUUUGUCAUUGCGGGCACUCCCCUUGACCAGCCUGUCGUACAAUAUGGUCCCUUCGUUCUCAACUCGCAGGAGGAGGUCAUGCAAACAUUUGCCGAUUACCAGACCCAUGAAAAUGGAUUUGAGCGUGCCAAGAGCUGGAGGAGCCAAAUUGGCGACCGCGUCUACUAA